AUGGCCCUGGACAUGGAAGACGAUGAAGCCCCUCCUGAGCUCAUCGAUGUCUCUCAUCUCCCGGAGUCCGAGAGACCGGAUACAUCCAUGGUUCCGUCGACGUCAUUGGAUGUCCCCGCGCAAGAUCGCGUGCCCAUCACGUUGGUAACUGGGUAUCUUGGCGCGGGAAAGACGACUUUACUGAACUAUAUCCUUACGGAGAAGCAUGGGAAGAAGAUUGCGGUGAUCAUGAACGAAUUCGGAGACUCAACGGAUAUUGAAAAACCAUUGACUGUCAGUCAGGACGGCCAGGAAGUUACCGAGUGGAUGGAAGUCGGCAAUGGCUGCAUCUGCUGCUCCGUCAAAGACUCCGGCGUAAUGGCCAUUGAGUCGCUAAUGGAACGCCGAGGAACAUUCGAUUACAUCCUACUUGAAACCACCGGACUCGCCGAUCCUGGUAACAUUGCCCCCGUGUUCUGGGUCGACGACAACCUCGGCAGUUCAAUCUACCUCGAUGGAAUCGUCACCCUAGUAGACGCAAAGAACAUCCAGCGACUUCUAGACGAACCCGCCCCGGAAGAGACCGUCUCCAGCCACGAAGAAGGACAGGACACGCAUAGACAUCACGGCCCCGUGCUCUCCAUGGCGCAUAUGCAGAUCUCGCAUGCAGACGUGAUCAUCCUGAACAAGGCAGAUUUGGUCACGACUGAAGAACUGAACUCCGUACGAGAGCGCAUCUCAUCCAUCAAUAGUGUGGCCAAGAUCCACGUGACGGAUCACAGCAAGACGCCGCAAAUCGAAGGCGUCGUUCUUGAUCUGCAUGCUUAUGAUCACCUGGCGAGUCUGGACUUUGGUGAGAAGGGACAUAGUCAUAUAGACCCGGCAAUCUCCACCCUCGCCAUCACCACCCCCCCAAUGCCCCAUGACAAAUUACCCCUCGUCGACGCCUGGCUCCGCUCUAUCCUAUGGGAUUUUACCCUCCCAUUCGCGAAACCUUCAACUUCCUCUCCCUCGGAUUUUGACUCUGGCUUUGAUUUUGACAUUCACCGUCUCAAGGGGAUCCUAGUCCUCAACGACGGAAGUAGUAAGAUCAUCCAGGCUGUACGAGAAGUCUUCGAGAUUCGAGACGCAGAAUCCACCUCGUCUGGAGCUGGAGAGCAGUGCAAGAUUGUCCUGAUUGGAAGGGGACUGGGGGGUGAUUCUCAACACUGGCAGAGGAGUUUUGAGAGUUUUAUUGCGCAGGAGUAG